AUGCUAGCAGGAUUUGCGCAUAUAGCUUCCGAUGCGGCGGCAACUGCCCUUGAGGCAGGUGACUCGCCCAAUGACGUUUUAAGACUCUUAGAAGUCGGUCGUGGCGUCAUCUCAAGUCUGCUGUUGGAGACUCGAACAGAAAUAUCUGAUCUGCAAAGGGCGCAUCCCGAUUUGGCAGAGAGAUUUGAGGCUCUCCGAGACAGGUUGGAUUCUCCAACCCAUGAAGCACCGCUCUUGACACCUGGGGGCCACACGCCUUCCUGGGAGGUUCAGACAAAACAAAGAAGAGAAGUAGAUGGCCAAUUUCGACAAGUGAUCGCCGAUAUUCGGUCUCAACCUGGGUUUCAGGGAUUUCUGCUUCCACCGGGUACACAAGAGCUACUAGAAGCAGCUUCUCCAGGACCCAUUAUUUUCAUCAACGCUAGUCGCUUGCGUUGUGAUGCGUUUCUUGUUACAUCUAGCGCGAUCGAAGUUCUACCCCUUCCUAAUCUCAAACUUUCGGAGCUGGAGACCAAAGGUCCUGUCUCUUUGCGGUUGCUUGAAUCACUAUGGGACAACAUAGCGCAGCCCGUUUUGGACAGACUUGGCUUCUUGCAACACCCAGUUUCUGAUGAAGGCUUGCCACAUGUCUGGUGGAUCUCAGUGGGCGCUCUGAGUCGAUUGCCACUUCAUGCCGCCGGGUACCACUCCGAGGGCUGCUCGAAAACAGUACUUGACCGCGUUGUCUCAUCAUACAGCACCUCAAUCAAGGGGCUUCUGCAUGCCCGUCGAAGCUCCAGGCAAAAGAGAAUGUCGAAACCUUCUCAUGAUGCGUUUCUCGUAUCAAUGGGCACCACACCUGCCCAUUUCAAUCUGAACCCCACGGGACUGCGAUUUGCAGGAGAAGAAAUUAGACUGUUAGAUAAUAUUUUGUCAGCCGACAUAUCAAGAACGAAGUUGAGACAGCCAUGCAAAAAGGAUAUCCUACACCAUAUUGAGAAGUGCACAAUAUUCCACUUUGCUGGACAUGGCGUUUCGGACCCCCUCGAUCCUUCACAAAGUUGCCUACUCCUACAAGACUGGAUGGACAACCCGUUGACUGUCGAGAAUCUAACUUCUAUAAAUCUUUCUAGAAAAACACCUUGGAUUGCCUAUCUCUCAGCGUGUUCUACAGGAGAGAAUCAGGCCGAGCGACUUCAAGACGAGUCGAUUCAUCUUGUAAAUGCAUGUCAGCUGGCAGGCUUUCCGCACGUCGUGGGGUCCCUCUGGAUGAUAGACGAUGAAUGUUCAGCGGAUGCGGCUGCAGAAGUUUAUCGAACGAUCCAGGAGCGCGGGUGGACCGAUGAAUCUGUAGCACUGGGAGUGCACAAUGCAGCGAUACUUCUUCGACAGAAAACAAGCGGCGAAAGUCGUGAAGUGCGUGCUCGACGAGCUGACAUGAAACUUGUCGACCGUGGGAAUCCAGGCGAGGCGAGAAACGCAGUGAGUUGGUUCAAUGGUGACAGAGACUUAUCCAACAGUCUUAGGGGCUUGGAGGACUAUGCAGUUCGCAGCGAGGGCAAUCCGGCAAUCUGGGCUGCUUACAUCCAUGUUGGUCCGUAG